AUGCUUAAAGCGGAGAACGUGCAACCCCAAACGAUCAACUCGGAGCUGCUCCCGACAAUGCCGAAAAACUACCGCGUGCAGAAGAAGUGCGACUACGCGUUUUACUAUCAUGAAGAUACCCAGCAGGUGUCUGAUUUAUAUGAUGCGCUCACCUGUGCGGGUGCAGGGGAUGUGUUGAGCCAAACGACAGACUCACAUACGAAGCGGCGGCUACUGUUUUCUGGGCUUGAAGUCAAACAUGAGAAUGGUGGGAAGGAUGAAGCACUUGCCCAACUUGCUACUUGGAUCGUGGCGGGGAUGGAAAACACCAGGAAACUUUGGAGUCAAUCCUCCGAAGAGGUACAUUCGUAUCGUGACCUGCCUCCCAUGGUUGGGUGGACUAUUGUUGGCCUUGACUGGUAUACUUGGGUCACUUUUGGUGCUACCAAUAAUGGCACUGACAGGCUUGUUUGUAACUCUGCUUCUACACGGUUCGAGCUUGACUGA